AUGAGCUCUUCCUCUCCUGCUCCAGAUCUGAUGUCUGAAGAUGACGAUGCAAUUGACAAAACACUCAUUGCUAUGAAUGCAGAAUUCGAAAAGAUGCUUAAUGCAGAAAUUGACGAAGUCGCAGAAAUAUCAUCACGGAAAUCUCCCAGGUCCCUCUCACCGAUGUCAUCUCUCCAUACAGAUGAUAAAAGCCAAUCCUAUAGACUAGAUUCAACGCGGUCAAAUAAAAGUGGCGUCAAGUUUCAAUUUGAUACAAACACAGUCUCGGAGAAACCACCAACUGGAGACGACUCCGACGAUGAUGACGACGCUUCCUUCCUCGAAGAAAUGAGUGCCUUGAAGGACGUGGCAAAGCAAAUUGAAGAGGCUUUGAGAGACGAGAAUACAGAUAGCAUGGACGUUGCCGUACAAAAGAUCAAGGACUCUCCCCUACCGAACAAUUGCAAGUCCGUGCUUUUGCAAUCCGCCGACAAGAGAAUCAUCAACAAGAUCCUAGGCGAGGAAAAGCGCAAAACCAGCACCAUGCCGGAAAACAGAAUAGAGCAAAUCAUAUAUAUUAUUCGCCGCGAUGGCUUGGAAGCCAAAGAAACAACAAACGUUCUGUCGGUGCUGUGUGUUGUGGUCUGGUCGAUAGUAUUCGGGCUGAUGCGAAGUGUCAUGCGUGCCGAAUUGUAA